AUGAAAGAAAUUUUUCAGGAAGUUGGUCUAAUUGAUGUUCCACCCAAAGCCUUUAACCGGAUACCUCUGAAAGUGAUCGAAGGAUGUAGCAGGUAUCGUAACAGUCGCCAGAAUCUCAGUCGUAUACGGCGCAAUUUAGCUCGAUUUGGUCGUGAACGAAUCAAACAGGAGCACACUCUUGCACUGUAUUCAGUGGUCAGUGGUUUUUCCUCAUUUUCGUCAAGAAUGAGCUCUGUGAAUUUGCAAGUAUGA